UAUGAAGCAAGCUCGCUAUGGACGGAUGGAAGAUAGUAAGUGCCCAAUAGGUUCAGAUGGUAUCGGAUGUUGGGCCGACGUUAUGCCAAUUUUAGCUAGCAGAUGUUCUGGCAGGGGUAGCUGCACUGCAAUACCAACUGACCAAAUGGUUGAAUUUAAAAAGAACAAUACAAAAGGGAAUCAGAAAUGCAGUCCUCUACAACUACAAGAUAAUUUAAGAGUGGAAUAUGAGUGUCAGCAAGUGGUCCUCCCGUCCAAAAGUGCCGCCUGCGUCAUCGAUGAUAAGAGAUUCGGCAAUAUUUCUUCUCAUCACUCCCGUUUAUCUGGGUGCGGUUUUGAUACGAAUCCAAUUCUUAUUCAACCACCUACUGAUAAACAUGAGAUAACUAUGAAAUUAAUAUAUUUUGGCCGAUCGCAAAACAAUCUUUUGGGUUUUACUAAAGAUUUAAAUUCUGGUGAGCUAAAAUCUAUACAUGACUCCUCAUCAAUUCUUUUGGAGAAAGUCAAAAGCAGAAUAGAAAUUUCGUUCACGGAGUCCGUUAAAAAGGGACAUUUGAAGGACGUCAAUUUUCUAGUCUCAUUUCAAGUUGUGAAAGAUUGCGAGCCGAUUCGCGUGGAUGACGACCAAUUGGUAACGCGAGUCGGAUCGACGUUGAUCAUACGGUGCAAGACGACCGAUCAGGAAUGGAAGAUAGAAUGUAUCAGAUCGACUUGGUUCGGUGAUCGGGGUGAAUGCGCGAAAAGUGAAGCUUCCGCUUCGAAAGGUUUUAAUGGCAUACCGUAUGAAGUCUCUAUUGCAAUUAUCAUAGGCGUCGCGCUCAUAAUUGGCGUUAUUGUUCUCAUAUCGGGAUUAUUGUGUCUACAAUGGCAGAGACAAAAGAAUCUUCGAGCUCAACAGGCUAUCUACGCAAGUACAAAGGCGACAUCUAACGAUUACCCGGAAAACCUUUACGCAACUAUAGCUGACUGUCCGAACUGUAGACAGGAAAAAAAUCAUCAAAGACAUUUAUAA